UGAAUGUGCAUGGGACAAAAAUGCUAUGAUGCUAAACGAGUGAUUUGAUCCUAAACAUCCAAAGUCAACCUCUAAAUGUUGUGCUACUCAGUUACAUGAUGAGGACAUUGGACACAAAGGAGUUCAGAAAAAUAAGGGACCAUUUAUGUUAAGAGAUGUCUGUUUGCGUCUGUGUGUGUGUGAACUGAAAAGAUGUUUUAACAAUAUAAGUUGUUUUUAUAACAACAGCCAUAUUUAUAUGGUCAGUUCUCUUACUCAUCAAAUAAAAACUGAAGGUCCGACAACAAGGUCUUUUAACCAAGAUGAAUUCCGAAUCGGACUGAACUCGUUUGUCUUGUGGUGACAGUUGGAGAUAACGGAUCGCAUAUCCUGUCGGAUAGCCCUGCUACUCAAAAGUCAACUCAGACAGGUUUUCCUCGCCAGCAGGUGUUAAAUCCGAUAUACCUUGAACGCUUCAAGAGAAACACAUUCUGUUGUCGUCAUUACGCACAGCGACGUAGAGUAGCAUUUGUCCAAUCAGGUGAAGAGCCUGGAGCUCAGGAAAGAAGCAGAUGAUAUGGCAGCUUUGAGAGCGACCAGGUGGAACUUGCUUUGUUAACACGGCUAAACGUUUGAUUAUGAGAACGCUUUGACUCUGAAACGACAGCUGCUCGAAAUGAUUUAUGUAAUAUUGAUUUCCGCUUUCUCCGGAGCAGUCGUUACGUUGAUAUUACAGUUCUUGCUGAUAUACCGAAGAAGCCCCGAGCCCAUAGGCAGGACAGUGCAGUAUGUCAAAGUAGUGCCUGAUAACGCGUUGAAGGAUUACUUUAAUACCCAUCAUGCCGAGCCAGGCCAGCAGCAGCAGGACAGCCCAGCAUCUGCUUCAUCCAAACAGCAAGAGGCCGUCUCAGCACGGCAGCCGGAAGCGGCUGUCAUCAGCGGCAGCCCCAAACAACAGCCGCCACCGCCUUCCCAAAGCGAGCCCGCUGAUGCGGCUAAACCUGAAACGUGCAAUUUCUUAAAUGCUAUAUUUUUGUUCCUUUUCAGGGAGCUCAGAGACACCCCUGCAGUUAGACACUGGCUCACCAAAAAGAUCAAGGUGGAGUUUGAGGAGCUACUGCAAACCAAGACAGCUGGUCGGCUUCUGGAGGGACUCAGUCUCAGGGAUUUCUCCCUAGGCAAUUCUCUGCCGGUCUUUAAAACGGCCAAACUUAUGAAGCCGGUGCAUCUGAACGAGGACGGCAUGCCCGACGAACUCAACUUCGAGGUGGACAUAGAAUACAAUGGCGGCUUUCACCUCGCCAUCGACGUCGAGCUGGUGUUUGGGAAGUCUGCCUACCUGUUCGUUAAGAUGAGGCGCGUGGUGGGUAGGCUGAGGCUGCAGUUCACGCGCAUGCCCUUCUCCCAUUGGUCCUUCUCCUUCCUCGAGGACCCGCUGGUGGAUUUUGAGGCGAAGUCACAGUUUGAAGGAAGGCCGCUGCCCCAACUCACCUCCAUCAUAGUCAACCAGCUGAAACGGGUCAUCAAAAAGAAACACACCUUACCUAACUACAAAAUCAGAUACAAGCCCUUCUUCCCAUUCCAAGUACAGCCCCCUCUGGGUCCGGCUUGUGAUUUGGACCUGUCAGUCCAGGACAGUAGGCUGGUGGAAGGCCGACUGAAAGUCACCCUCACUGAAUGUAGCAGGUAAGACAGUUGAAUUUCUGCUGUAGUUCCCCUGUCCACAUUCCUUUGUGUGUUUUCGUUCUGAGGCUCUUUCUCCUGGUUGCUGGUUGUUGCAUUUUGGGAAAACUUAAUGUUGCAUCAUGCAGUAAUAAUUCAGACAAUAAUGUGCUCCCUAGACCCUUUUCCUGUUUUAAAAUGACAAUAUAAUAUAUUUUAAUGACUAUGUUUCCUGUAUUUAUCAUGAAACUUCAAUUAAUAGCAAAUCCCAAGUUGCCUACCCUGUUUACUGGCCCGGGAACAGAUUUUGACAAAUA